AUGGAAAAGAUUAGAUUUUCUCUAAAUUUGCUCUUUGGAGUGAAUACAUGGUUAAGCGUUUUGGGGGAAGAAGAUAGAGAUAUGUGGUCAUUGAGAUCAAGACUAACUUAUUGUCUAGCACUCUGUGCCACAAUGCUCCAUGGAUCUGCUCAAGUAGUUGUCGGAUCAUCCGAUGGAACAAUCCACAUGUUCUCAGUCGAUUACGUCUCCCGAGGACUCGGAACCGUUGUCGAGAAAUACUCCGGAAUCGCUGAUGUCAAGCGGAAUGGAAUCGGAGAAGUACUCACAACUGUGGAAUCCAUUUGUCGGAUACGCGACAAAAUUCAAACGCAUGGAAUACGAAAAGGGGUUUUGACUUUAUGGGAUUUGAGAUUUGGUAUACCUGUGAACUCGUGGCAGUAUUCUGUUCCAUGUCCUGUUGAAGACAUGUGUCUUUUUGUCCCUCCUCAGAGUACCACGUUGUCUACAACUGUUAGGCCACUUGUUUACGUUGCUGCAGGUUGUAAUGAAGUUUCUCUCUGGAAUGCAGAAAAUGGGAGUUGUCAUCAGGUGUUGAGGGUUGCGAAUAAUGAGAGCGAUGGUGAGAUUUCUGACAUGCCUUGGACAUUGGCUAGAGCAUCUACAUCUACAUCUAAUCACCUGAAAUCCGUUCAUUGCUUCCUUUACCUGGUGGGACCGACUUAA